AUGGCAGACGAUCAGAACUACCAAGCGACCAUAAGAGCACAUGGAGCCAGUGCGAAACGUCGCUCGCAAGCUGCCGAAGCUGUCAACCGCCGCAUCUCCACCAGCAACGUCUUGAUCUUCCGGUGUCGACGAGAAGAUCAUAGGGAGUGGCAGGCCUAUACACUAAGAAGCGUCGACAUCAUCACCCGGACUCUUUUGCGGAACUGGCUGGAUAGGCUGUCUUUCUCCGAGGGUGCAUCGUACGUCUACAAUGACGGCUUGGCGAAUCCGGUCGUCACCGUCGACGAGAUCAUGAAUCUAUUGCGGACCAGGACAGUUCUAGGUGCCGGAAGUGAGACCAUGCUGGACAUUGUUGUGUUCGACCAAGAUCCGACAGCAGAACAUGGCCCCGAGACCACGCCUCCGAUACGUACACAGUCGAGGAUGUCUGGUCAAAGCAAGAAAACAAGGAGGAAACGACGCUGCGCAGUGCAGUGA